AUGGCAUCCACAACUACCCAGCUGAGCGAAAACAUCACACUUGAGCAAUUGGCCGAUCACAAUACUCUACAGUCGUUAUGGAUAGCGGUCCAUGGUCUUGUGUACGACCUCACAACCGUCAGCUCGGACCACCCAGGCGGCAUCGAUGUUCUUGAGAGCUGUGCCGGAACUGAUGGUACGGAGGCUUACGAAUACGCCGGCCACAGCGAAGAAAACAUGGUGAAAAUGCAGCAAUACUGUGUCGGCAGGCUUGCCGGAAACCCGGAACAGGCUCCUCCACUUUCCCAUAACCCCCUUGCUGGAAACACUAAGCGCGUAAGAAGCGCUGCAUUCAGUCCCGAGCAGUUCACCAUCCCUUUCUGGAUGAAUCUGGCAUUCACUAUAAUCGCUACUUGCAUUAUCAUGGCUCUUUCUUACCGUUGCGUUUCGUCGACACUGGAUAUCUCCAAGCUCCAAUUCACAACCAUCUCGGACCAAAAGACUGGGCAUGAAUUUUGGGCAGGUAUAGCGAUUGCUUUAUCAGUCAGCAGCAUGGCUUUCAGGUAUUUUUAUAAGCUGUUUUUGUCGUCCCUUGACUACCAAAACGACGUAUUCAGUUUUCCACCUACCAUACCAAGAAAGACAAGAAGACAGAACCAAAUCAGUGGACCUUAG